AUGCAAACUGAUGAAUUAGAGCAUCACACUUUCAACAACACAUUGGUCGACGAAAGUGUGCUUGACGACGAUGAAAUGGACAAUUUAACGAUUCUUGGUGAAAAACCAGAACUCACACUAUCAAAGAGAGACACGACCGAGAAUGGUGACCAUCAAGUUUCUGACUUUCGAACCAUUGAUGAUCAAGCGGCAAUAAGUCGAUUAAUUGAUGAACUCGUCCAAAAGGUUUCAUCCGAUGCUCCUAUCACUACGUCAACGGCAGAUACAAAUAAGGAGUUUGACAUGGAUAUCAAAAAAGUGACAACGUUUAGUGAUUCAAUUCAGCACAACCUCUAUGAGUCUCACUCACAAGAACAAAACCAAGACUGCUUUAAUGGAAUCAAAGAAGCGGAUGGGCACAACAAAAUGCUGGGACUGACUCGUCCCGAAUUGAAACGGUAUGUUCAUGCGAGACUGAAUGCUUGUUGCACCAAUAAGGA